CUUUGGCGCGUAACUCGUCCCGCACCGUUUGUCGUAGACCCACGAAUGAGGUGUCAAAUAGACCGGCUUAUUGAGAAGAGGUGUGCUAUGACUUUUCUAAGCGAUCGGGUGUACGAUGUUCGCACAGCAUACGAAAAAAUUGGCUGAAAAAACUCCCAUAGACUUAACAUUGGGUCAAAAUCUGUGAGAUCAUAUCUUUGGAUCAGAAGGUCAUAGAGACUUGGGGCUGGGCUCUUUUCAUUCGGCCAGCCAAUAAGUAGUGGCACAGCAACUUCAUAGCCACGCCCUAGCAACCAAUUACAGCACCCUAGCAACCGGUGCCGAAUUUUGCCACUGCAAGCACCAUUCACAUUUUCUUCAGGAAAUGUACAUUCUAGUUUUUUAUACUAUCUUUUUUAGACUAUUUGGUCUUUAAACUUUUGUUCUACAAACACAUUGGACUGUAGUUUAUUAGAUAUAGUUUUAGUUAUGUAUCUUUUGUUCUUUUAUAGUGUCUUUUACCAACAAAAGUCUGACUUUUAUUACUGAUAUUUUGCACCAGUUUCGUAGGAAGUGAUGCUUUUGUUCUCUUUCUGGCUUUUCAGACUUAUUCCUGCAGCACUCUAUUAUUUCAAAUCAAGUUUGCGUACAAAAUUACAGCACUUUACACGUGUCUUUACACUUCGGCACAUUGGUUUGCUGACACAAACGAAGCUCUUGUGUGUUGGCAGGUACGACGGCGCGUGUCUUCUGCUGGUGUACGGCGUGUAUGUGGUGGUGCUGUGUUUCGAUCUGAAGAUCAGCGAGUACGUGAUGCAGCGCUUCAGCCCGUGCUGCAUGUGUCUCAGCAAGAGCUCUCGAGAGCGCGAGAAGCAGCAGCCUCUGGUGGGAUGGAGCGACGACACCAGCCUGAGACUUCACCGCCGCUCUCGAGCCGACAGCGGCAUCUUCCAGGACGACUCCGGAUAUUCCCACCUCUCGCUCAGUCUGCACGGCUUGAACGAGAUCGGCGAAGAGCAGAAGAGCGUGUUCACGAUGCCCGAACAUGACCUGAAGCGGAUCCUUUGGGUUUUGUCGCUUCCGGCCAUCGUGUUGUUGUUCCUGACCAUUCCCGACUGCAGGAGACGCUUCUGGAAGAAAUGGUACAUGAUCACCUUCCUGAUGUCUGCAGUCUGGAUCUCCGGCUUCACAUACGUCCUGGUGUGGAUGGUCACUGUCGUUGGUGAGACGCUGGGAAUCCCGGAUACAGUCAUGGGAAUGACGCUCCUGGCAGCAGGAACCAGCAUUCCUGACACCGUGGCCAGUGUGAUGGUGGCUCGUGAAGGUAAAGAACCGUCCUCACGUAUCCAAACAUCACGUGAACCGUUCAUACGUGAAGUUCUUGUGUGUCUCUCACAGGUAAGGCUGACAUGGCCAUGUCCAACAUCGUGGGCUCCAACGUCUUCGACAUGCUGUGUCUCGGUCUGCCAUGGUUCAUCAAGACGGUGUUUGUGGACACUGGAUCUCCAGUGGAGGUCAACAGCACUGGUUUGGUCUUCAUGUCCUGUACACUGCUGCUCUCCAUCGUCUUCCUCUUCUUGGCUGUUCACAUUAACGGAUGGAAGUUGGACUGGAAAUUGGGCGUGGUGUCUCUGGUGUGCUACAUCCUCUUCGCCACGCUGUCUAUCUUGUAUGAGCUCGGGAUCAUCGGGAACAACCCAAUCAGAGCCUGCAGUGACUAACGUUCUGCUGGAGUCGCGAUCAGUGAAGCAUCUGAUAUGAGGAUGAAAAUCAUUUUUUGCAGUGCAUGGACAAAAAUAAGGUUGUGGGUUUUUUUUUUUUUUUUUUUUUAAAGCGUUACUUAUUUCCAUUGGUUGAUUGAUUUAGAACAAAAGUCAAACGAUGGUCCGUUUAGAAAAGUGAUUCUGUAACAAGGGAUGCUUUUGACCUCAAAGUAUCAAAUGUUUAUAUUAAUGAACAUAUUCACAUAAAAUGUGUUCUAACGCUCUUUAAAAUUGACUUUUUUCAAAUUUUACUUCAUAUGCAAUCAUUUUAAUCAUGAGUCGCAUCAUUAAAAAUCAAAGGGGGUCUUUAAUUUUGCUUCUCAAGUUAAUGCAUCUUGAUUUAAGAAUUUUUUACAUGGAAAAGACAAAAAUACUAAGAAAAACAUUUUCUGCAGUGCAGUAGUAAAUUUCAUCGUUACAUUAAUGUUUUCAACUGGAGCAAAUCACUGAACAGCUCGAUCUUGUAAUGAACAAAUGUUUCUUGUUUUCCAGUUUAUUUCCAUGUUGCGAGUUGAUUUAGUUUCUAAAACUUUUUUGCUCAGGGAUUUUGGUCAACGUUGUAAUAAAAUUAGUUAUUUGGAAAAAUCUGUUUACCAUUGUAAUAAGACUUACGAUAGUAAAUUGCUUAAAAUUACUUAAUUUAGAAAUCUAAAUGCCAAAGAUUGUUGAUUGUACCUAAUUUAUUUCCUCAGUAUGUUGGUUUAAUUAUGUUUGUCGUUACAGAAUCACUCGUCUCGGUCAUGAGCUUCAACACUCUGACAUUCAUCAUCUACCUCAGAUCAUUCAUCCAGACACUUGGCUUUUUGUUAACAGAUUCUUAUUACUGUAACGCUGUAUUACAAUAAAAAAAAAAAAAAUA